GACAGCAUACUCACGGUAGAAUAUUUAUAAUCAAAAUUCUGAUUGGUGAAGUUAUCAAAUGAAAUUGAUCAGUCGCUCACACAUCUGAGUGACAUAACAGUAUAAAUUAUAGAGAAAUUCUUAAUUAUAUAUAUUCAUAAAAUGGGGACAUUUCUAGGACAUAUUUAUCCAGGACUUCUCGUAGUAAUCAUUGGAUUACGUAAUCUAUGGAUAAACUUGAGAUCAUUUUAUACUGAAGAGUGUAAUCAUAACGGAAAGAAUGAUUGUCGAAAUCCUCAUGAUUUCAAGAGUAAUCUAAAAGAAUCCAUAUUCUAUAUUAUAGCUGGGAUUAUAUGUUCUGUGAAUGAAAUAAUAACUGCUUUAAUGUACGAUGGAUAUUAUUUUGGAGGACAUAGUUAUCAACAUAUGACAAUAUUUAUUAUGAUAUUACUUUAUGGUGUGAUUCGAAUUAUUCUGUCCUACAAAUUACCUCAUUUAUUCAAGCAGAUUUGUGAUUUAUUUUACCUUAUGAUGGGAUGUGCUGUAUACUUUUUACUGAUGUUUCAUCUACACAAACGAGCUCCAUUCGAUACACAUGUGCAUAUUAUUUUGGUUCAUACAAUAUUAUUUACAAUUAUAUCACAUAUUGCACAGAUUAUUUCCAAUUCUAAUCCAAUCUUCAGUUUGAUGCAUAAUUUUUGUUUCAUAUUAAUUGGUUCGUGGCUUUGUCAUAUUGGAUUAUACCUUUAUUCACCAUGGAGUUGGUUAAUUGUUCGGGAUCAGAAUGACGUAAUAUCCAUUAUACACGCGAAUAACACCUUCUCAUAUCAUAUGAUAAUGAUCUGCUUGACUAUAAUCAUGAUGAUGUUUAUUUUAAAUAGGAAAAGUCGGCAUACAAUACAACAAUCUCGUUUUUCUGAACCCAAUCUACAAAGACCCCCUGUGAAACAAUGUUAUUCAUGAACAGUUAACGAGUAUCGAUCUAUGAGCUGAAAUUGCAGAUAACGUUUUUGAAUAAAUAUGGUUGUGAAUUUCUGUAGUUCUUUUGUCACCUUACAAUCUUAUUGAUAGAUAAACUUAUCAAAGUAACUUCAAAAUGAUCUUACAAGGAUUUAUUGUUUUGCAGAUAAAUAUAUACAUCAAAAGUUGAUAAUUCUUUUUUUAAAAAAUAAAAACACUGGUUUUGUGUGACCAUUGUUUCCCCCCCCUUAUGCUAGAUUUUCAACAGUUGUUUAAUGAAAUGAAGAAUAAUGACAACUUCUUUGCUUGUUGGCAGUUCACGAAAACUUCACAAGAUUCUCUUGCAUUAGAAUGUAUUAUUUGAAAUGGAACUCAUAACUUUAUUAAUUCUGUCAAGCAAAACAAUGUUGUUGUGUAACAUGAUCGGUUAGAACUCUUAAUUUACAUACUGGUUUAACUAAUUAAAAUCUGCAUAUGACUAGUCGUUCCCCAGAAAAUAUGUGACGUCAGUGUACAAUCUCCAGGCAUUGCAAAAAACUAUUGUAGUCGCUACCAUACGAGAUCAAUUCUAUUGCCUCAUGCAUUUUAUUCAGGUCGUUUCACUCCUAUUAAAUUGAAUCAUUUUCUCACGUUCGAAUACGUUUCAAAAUUUCACGUGCUGAAUAUUCAUAGUUUUUAUCUCAAUGAUUGAGGGCCAUGGUAACCGCAGUAAAAUAAUACCAAACCAUGAUGACAAGUGUUUGGGAGGAAUUGAAACAGUCAGUCGAUUGUUAGGAUGCGUCUCCUCUUAACACAACAAUCAACAUGGAACUCAACUAACAAAUCGCAAUCACAGUCAAAAUCCGUGUUCUCAAUUUCACUCUCAAUGGUAAUUAGAAAAGGAUUGGAGGAUUGAAAGUAAAAUGUUGAAGUAUUUGCAUAGGGGUUCCACAGAUCACCAGAGGAUGACCAGUUAGUUAUGUAUCGAAAUUCAUCAAGUGCAAAGCGUACCACUUUUGUAUCAACCAGUAAUCCAAGUGAAUAAAAGAGAGAAAUCCAGUAACUCGUUCGCCUGGUACGUAACUGAUAAGUCUGUGGAGAGUAAACUAAGAUUUAAAGACUGAAUAACAACAUCUAUAUGUUAAAAUGUACACAUCUAUUAAUCAGAGAAUGGGAAGAAAUGUAUUUUUGGAAUUUCACUUCUACACAUGAUCAACUGUUACUUUUAAUUAUCAGAGUAUUCAGUACUGAUGAUAAUAUCUGGUUCAAUAAAUAAUGACUGAUAUGAAUAUUUUCUAACAUUCUCCCUUGUGUUAAUUUCUUCCUGUCUUUCUUAUACUAGGUAUGUAUUAUUAUUGUGAUCGGCAAGGAUUUGAAGAUAAUCUAAUUACCACAAAUUCAUCUCAUAAACAAUCACAUGAUCUAUACAAUCACAUUCUAGUGUGCAUUCUAGCUGAACCAGAUGCUCCACUGCUAGGUCUGCAUUCAUUUGUUAUGCCAUUAAGAGCAAGCAAUUUCCAUCCUAAUCAAUUAAGAACUAUUCUGUUUCUAGGUGAUAUAAAAUUUCUACAAAGAGAGUGGUCGAAUAUAGCGAAUUUCCCAAAAGUUUACACACUUGCCGGUAGUGCAUUAUCUAGAGCUGAUCUACGAGCUGCACGCAUACAAUAUUCAUCAGUUUGCGUCAUAUUAGGAUCAAGAGGUACAGUGAAGGUUGACGAUCCAUAUAUGUUGGAUAAGGAAGUGAUCUUGUGUACAUUGAAUAUUAGAGCAAUGCAAUUUUCUCCUUAUCAUCGUCAUAAAACAUUUGUACAUAAUGUUCAUAAACGUCGGAGCGGUUCGGAGAUUCCAUUGAUUACAGAAUUAAUGACAGACAAUAACAUACACUACUUAGAUCCAGAUCAUUCAGGUGGAUUACAGAUCGCGGCUUCAUUAACUGCACCAUUUGCUAAAGGCAUAGCAUUCACAAAUUCUGUUCUUGAUGUGUUGGCAAGUACAGCGUAUUUUGAUCGUAAUUCAAUGACACUAAUACGUCAUCUUGUGACUGAUGAUGCAAUCAGUGAAAGUGUAUGAAGAGACAACGAUGAGAUAAUAGUGUGUGUUUGUGUAUCUUUUCGAGCUGAUACUGUCCUGUUUUGUCGCUCAUUAAAGUUGUCUCAUAUACGGAAAUUCCUCACUUCAUCCAACAAUCUUUUAAACGAGUCAACAUAGAUUGAGUCCCAACAACGAGUUGAGGUAAGGAGUUCCACCAAUCGAUCAUUUUACAAGUAAGUCCACAGUUACCUGAUAAGUUAGUAAUUCUGCGAUUGUGAACCCUUUUUGAGUAAUUUUAUAAAUUCCCCAUGGUAAAAGCGAAAAAAACGGGAGUAUGUCAGGAGCCAAAUUAUUAUGAGCUAAUUUAAAGAUGGAGUUAGCCGAUUGUAACAGUUGAACUGGAGCAACAUUGGAUUUUUGUCAACCCAGAAACGAAUAAAUAACAGAAGUGCACUGAAUUCUUUUGCUAUUUUAUGUUAAAAAUUUAGAGAUGACGCAGGUUGAAGAUGCCACAGGCAUCAGUUGUUUGACAACAUUUUACCCAGUAACACCUAUAAAUGAAUCGUGCAUGUCCAGGGAAGUCUAAAGUCAGAAGCGAGGAGAUUCGAAGAUAUAUUUGAUAGGCUAUCAAUAUAUCGAGAAACGACUGAUUUAAACUGGCUAUCGAUUGCAGAAAAAACUGAGCACAGCGUUCCCACUAGUGAUCUGGUGCGAAUGCACGAACGAGCGCCUUCAGCCAGGUGAACCCAUUAAAACUAAUGUGAUGAGCAUCAAGUGUCAGGAACUUUCAGAGCUAUUUAUUUUGGGGAUUUAUUUAAUGCUACACAUCACCCCCACACACCUAGCGGGGUAGUGAUGACCCUAAGACGUGGCCAGCCAGAAGUUUGAACCCAACGAGUUUGCCGUUGGUAAACACUCUUCUGAUAGCAUGCUAUGUUUAGCAGCGUCUGGUCGUCUUUCCUUACUAAAAAGGAACCAUAUAGCACAAUAUAGUAAUAAAGAAACAAGGUACAACGAAAAUUUCGGUUCAUUGUAACUUUUUUCGAUCUCUUUUCGUCUUUUCCAGCCGUCCUGGAAAUGAAAGAAAGGAUAUAUAAGUUCAUGUCGAAUUACACUCAAACGCGCGUAAAGACACUAAGCGGGUGAAAAAAGGAAAAUAAUUUCAUGCACAUGUGAUAGCAUAAAAACGAUCUUCAAAGAAUAUUUUUUGAGAAAUGUUUUAAUAUACACAUAUUGGUGAAGAAUUUUGUUUUUUUUAGAAUAAAUAUAUAAAUAUAA